UUUUAUUUUUUAUUAUAAUUGUCAAAAAUGAUUACGUAUGUUUGUCUGACGUGAAUUUCUCUAUAAGUUUAUCCUCAUCUGGUUUUAAUAAUGGCUUUAUUCAAAACGUCCAGUGAUUUCUCAGAUGCGGUUUCUAUCCUAGCCUUCAGUCCAAGUGAUAACUCUUACAUGUUCACACAGGAUUCUCCAUCUUCAGAAUAUUGGAUCCCAUCAUCUAGAAUUCAAGUUGGAUCUUCGUUAUCGAAGCAACUGGUCAACGACAUUAUCGAGAUUUUUGGGACCUCUAUAGUUUGCGACUGUUUGUUGCGCAUUUACAGAUUCUGGUUGCCGAAUACGCAAUCCCAUAUAUCUCAUUAUGUAUUUGCUGUGAAAGUUGAUCAAGAACAUAAAAAACGUUCCAAACAGACGUCAGGAAAGUUCCGUGGAAAAAUCAACUGGAUUCUCGAUCACGAUCUGUUUCGAAUUUUCUCCAUGAAUAAUAUGCGAAGUCCAGAAUUGUUCGAGAUGAUUAUGAGCUGGAAGAACAAAACCAUGUUCAUCAUACCCGAAGUGUUCAAAAGUGAUGCUGUGCUGAGCGUGAGCAACUUCACGGAGAUGAUUGAUAGUGUUAUAAUUAAUAAUGCCAGUAACGCUGGUGAAAGCCUCGUACUGACGACACCCUUCACGAAACAGGUACAGGCGAAUUUGUACAGGGAAUUCCUACUAGGGUGUUUUCCUUCAUUCUAUAUGGGUCUACAGAGUUUUUGCAAGUUCUUUUCUAAUUUGGGAUGGACAAGAGGUGAUCAGAUGGAUCUAUUUAGGGCAGCGGACGUCCAAGGUAGAUUUGGCCUUUCAUUCAGGGAAUUCCUCUACAUAGCUGCAGCGGUAGAACCAAACAUAGAAAGUCCUUCUGGCAAUGCAGGCGAGAUGAGGUCCAAAUUCCUAUUCCGAUUUUACGACAAGGACAACGACAGUCUGCUCAAGCCAGAUGAACUGAAGCAAAUCUUCCUCUCUAUAAGGAAAUCAAUGAAGCAUCCCAUUGAGCAAACCGCUUUGCAAAAGGAUCUUACUGAUUUCUACAGGUCAUUACAGGUUCCAGAAACUACAGCCUUAUCCACUCAAGUAUUCGUCAAAGCUGUUCACGAGAGUAAAAUCAAGAAUACGUCGAUGAUCUUCAGAUCGCCAAUAGGUAUCAUAUCUUAUCUCAAAGAAGCCAAUGAUAGAGAGGCAAGACAAAUGCAGACGGAAAUGAGGAAGGCAAGGGUCAAACCAUCAGUGAAUGUUGCUCCUUCCGAAAGUACCAGAAGUGGACAUACGAGAACGGCGGGUACCAUAAAAUAUGAACUUGGAUCUCAUUCAGUCAAAAUCUACACUGCUGGAACUAUGAACAUCGAUAAAUUAGCAACUCUUGAUGCUGUGACUCCCUCCAGCAUAGAGCGACCAAUAGUGGAUGAUGUGAAGAGGAAGGUGUCUAUAGAUCAGUUUAGUCAAGACUCAAUUACAAACGAGCUCAUAAAAUCCCUAAGGUACAUGAACUUGGUGAAUAAGCAAAAUAAGGCUCAGAAAAAGGGUAUGCAGUUCACUUGGGGCAACAUAGACAGCGGACUGUUUGCCAAAAGACUGAUAACCGUCUCCAAACUCACAACAGAGAUCCUCAAGAACGAACCAAGAUUAUUGCAAGUGUCUUCUCCUGUGUAUGUGUUAGGAGAUCUCCAUGGAAACUUCAACGAUCUUCUUCAUUUCGAGAGUAUUUUGUGGCAUGUGGGUCCAGUGCUAUGUCCAAGCAAUCUUCUCUUUUUGGGAGACUAUGUAGAUCGUGGUUCAUCUAGUAUAGAAGUAAUAUCGUAUUUGUUCAGUUACAAAGUACAGAACCCUGAAAAGAUCAAGUUGGUGAGGGGAAAUCAUGAGAUAAGAGAGGUCCAGAAAAUGUUCACCUUCUACACUGAAUGCCAAAAUAAAUUUGGCGAUAGAUUGGGUGCCGAAGUUUGGAGUGCAGUUAACCUCACCUUUGAUCAUCUUCCAGUAGCGGCCAUUAUUGACAAUUCGAUAUUUUGUUGCCACGGAGGUAUACCCCCACCUUGGUUGUGUCCUGUUGUGUCCUGCAUUAACGAAAUUCCAAUGCCUUUGAAUCAACCAGACGAACAGAGUGCCUUGGCAUGGGAAAUCAUGUGGAACGAUCCCAUAAGGUCGAGAGUUGUAACGGACGCUAUGGAAUUAGAGCUAUCAGCGAAUGAAGGAUUUGCUGUGAAUAAAAGGAGAGGAACAGCUCACAUGUUCAGCGCAGAGGCGCUGGAUAGAUUCCUGAGAUCUAAUGGAUUCACUCAUCUUAUUCGAGCACAUGAGGUGUCACCGGCAGGAUUCAGCGUCCUUCAAAAAGGCAAGCUUCUGACCGUCUUCUCUUCAUCGAAAUACUGCGGAGGUAUGAACGAUGCAGCUUGCAUCAUGGUGGAUCAAGGUAGACUGAGGAUCAUGAGAAUCGAAUCUGACUAAUAAAUCGUAUGAAAAUUCA